AGCCGUUAUCUCCCGUGUUAAGGAUGGCAGGAAUCUGGGGUGCCAAGCAGGUUGCCUUGGCUCCGUGAAAACUUUCGCCUUGCCUUUCACACGGUCCCAAAAGCGGCAUUUGACUCGUUUUGGGGAUGUUUUAACAGGAAGGAUGGUGGGAAGGGCAGAGCGGAAUUCCAGCAGGAAAUUCACCUGUCCCUAAGGAACCUUUUGGCUUUUCCUGAUGGACGGAUCCGACCGCAAUGGAAGAUGUGAGCUCCAAAAGGGUCAGCGACUUCUUACAGAAAUGCGUCAAGCUUGAGGACAACGAAGGGGAGCCUCCCCCCAAGGAGAUCUUGGAAGUUCAAAACCUCCCUCUGCUUGCUCCAUCCUAUCCUCAGACGGUGCAAGAGGAGAUUUCAAUGGUUUUCAAUACUUGUGCAGUGCCAGCCAAUCUGGGCCCCUGUGCCAGGAGGCGGCGCGAGAAAGGCAAUGGCCACGACGGGACCAGCACGUCUCUCUACGUUGACCGCCGGAAGUCCAAAGUGUGGAACUACUACACCAAGCUGGGAGACGCUUACGUAGAAUGCAACGUCUGCAAGAAGCAGCUGUCCUUCCACAACAGCACCACCACCAUGAGGGAACACCUGGUGCGCAAACACAGCAUCCGUGACACCCUUCUCUCGCAACUGAAGGAUGACCAGGUGCCGGACCCUGACUACGUGGCUCAGGAGACCGCCAUAAAAAGAGCUCGCCAACUGACCCCCGAGAACAACAAUCCCUACCACGCGGUGACCUGCACGGAACCCAGGACGGACGUGAUUCUGGAACUGGUGCUAGAGAUGAUCUUUCGGGACUUGCAUCCGCUCUCCGUAGUGAAAGACAAAGGCUUUGGCCUUCUCAUUGGCUACUUAGAACCUAGCUUCGUUCUCCCGUCUCCUGUGCAGCUCUCUAGCAUGCUGUGGCAUCGAUACAACGUCGUCAAACAACACCUAGAACACUACUUGCAGACCGCUCAGUCGAUUGUCAUCUGUGCCGAGUUCUGGCUGUCUCACCCCAACCAGAGGUACCUGACAGUUGUGACGAAUUUUAUCGACGGAGAGUGGCGGCGGGCAAGGUGCAUCCUAGAAACCCAGCAGGUGCACGAGAACGAAGAGGAGAGCAGCCUGGGAGAUAGGCUGUACACGGUCCUCACGGACUUCGGCUUGUCCAACAAAUCAGUCUUCUGCAUGAUGCACGACAGCCUGCAGAAUCUGGAGGCCAAUUCGUCCCACCUGAAAUGCGUCUACGGCUGGACCAGCCUGUGCUGCGCAGCUCACCUGCUGCACCUUUGUGUUGAGGCCGGCCUCAAGUUGGAACAGGUGCAGGAAGCAUUGACCGCGGCUCGAAGCGUCGUCCGUUACUUCCAGCAAGAUGCCAAGGCUACUUGCUCCCUCAACAGCAAACUGGAAGCCAUCAACAAGACCAAGCUGAAGUUGGUGACGGACACCGGGGCUCGGUGGAUAACCACCAUCGAGAUGUGCGAGUGCCUGCUAGACCUCAAGUGGGCCAUCAUGUCCGUUUUGGAGGAACAUCCCAAGGGACCUUCGGUGGUCCAGAAUCUGGCCGAUCACCAGUGGAAGCUCUUGCAGGACCUGGUGCCCGUGAUGAGGACGCUGAAGAUCGCCACGUCGUUCUUGCGAGAAGAGCAGAACUUCUCCAUCUCCUCCCUGAUGCCUUGUAUCCAUGGUAUCGUCACCGCCAUUGGACAGCAGUCCGAAGAAGCCAGCGGCAUCAUCAGAACGGUGGUCAACAACAUCAGAGGGGAGCUAACCCAACGUUGGGGUAUUUUGGAGGAAAAGAAGUUGCUGGAGAGCCCGGCGGUGAUCGCGUCGUUUCUAGACCCUCGAUUUAAGGAAAUGAGGUUCCUCAACCCAAGUCUACGGAGCGAGUUGCACAAAAAAGUCAAGGCCAUGUUGUCCCAGUUCUUCAAUCCUCAGACCCCGCCGACCAACCCGUUCUGGGUACCCAAUUCUGAUUACAAAGCAGAGGUUAGCGAAACAGCCAGCCAGCUGGCGGCUCAUAAAGAGAGAGGUUCAAGUGGACAAUCUCAAAGUAUGUAUGACAUCCUUCUGGGAAAAGACCCUACGGAAAGCAUGCCCGAGAUCCAUCAACAGCUGGAGAACUACAUCGUGGAACCUCUCUGCAAGCGUAGCACUAACCCCUUGGAUUGGUGGAAGAGCAACGAACACCGGUUCCCCUCGGUGGCCCGAUUAGCCCGGCAAUAUUUGGCUAUACCGGCGACAGUUGUACCGCCAGAUCAGGCCUUUGCCGCUAGCGAAAGUGCGCUGGAGCACCGGAGAGGCGUCCUGGCCCCCGAAAACCUGGACCAAAUUCUUUUCUUGCACCAAAAUUUUGACUUUUUAGAAUCGAUGCGAAACGGGAACGAGAACCCGAGUAAGUCUGUGCACAGCCAGUACUGAAAAAAAUAAAGAAGACCAGGCGUGGGAAGAGCAUAGAAAUCAGCGUAUCCUGAUGCAGCCAAUGCACCAGGAAGGGAAGGAGGGAGGAAGAGGAUGGUCAGUUUUUAAAAAAGGAUUAAAACAUGAUUUUCAGGUCACUUUAGUCAAACUGGAGUGGGGUAUGAGCUCAUCCUUCAAUUUAAAAACCAGUUUGCCUACUGCCUAAGCUUUCCCGAGAGUGCAGAUUGUCCCGUAAGAUUAGCUUGUUUUUUUAAAAAAAAAAUAUGAGACAUAGAUAGUCCUCGACUUACAACAGUUCAUUUAGUGACCGUUCAAAGUUACAACGGCACUGAAAAAAGUGACGACAGUUUUUCACACUUACGACCGUUGCAGCAUUCCCAUGGUUCACACGAACAAAAUUCAGAUGCUUGGCAAGUGGUUCAUAUUUACGACCGUUGCAAUGUCCCGGAGUCACAUUGAUCCGCUUUUGCGACCGUCUCGACAAAAUCAGUGGGGAAUCCAGAUUCACUUACCAACCGUGUUGCUCACUUAACGAACACAAUUCACUUAACAACAACGGCAAGAAAAGUUGGUAAAACGGGACAAAGUCACUUAACCAAUGUUUCACUUAGCGACAUAAAUGUUGGGCUCCGUUGUGGUCGUAACCCGAGGACUGCCUGUACUUAAAAACAGAUUGUAGAGCAAGGACCUUCCUGUUGCUGUUCUAAAAUAUUUCAGGCGUAUUCUUGGAAGGCCGAUGGUCUGGGGAAUCAUAAAUUUUAAUCGGAAAACUAGAUAUAUGCCUCCAUUAUUUUGGAAAGAGAGGUAAUAAGGACAAGUUGAAUUGAUUUCACAUGACUACAUUAUAGGGCAAGAUACUUUAAAUAGGGCAACAAAAUAUAAUAUUACAAAUGGAGGUCAUGUGAUCUCCUUCAGGACACUGCAAUGUCAUAAAUACAGUGUCAUGAUUCCAAGUAAUAACUCCAUAGAAAGCAAAAGUCCGAGGCAGGCAUGUUCCUCAAAGAACAAUUUUAUUGGAGAUAUCAUAUUGGCACAAAUUGGUUAAAACCGACACUGAAAUUGCCCGCGGUUUUCACCCGAUUAAAAGGUGAAAGUUUCCCCCUUUCCCCAAACAAUCCGUCACAUUGUCCAAUCAAGGGGCUGGCUGGUUGCCUGGAUACUGGCUCCUCCUCUCUCCACCCACCUGUUGGAAUGUCCUUGGUUCCCACAGGAAACUUAUUUUGUUUUGGCUACAACCCCCCCCCCCCCCUCUAACUAUGUUUCCCCCCCCUCCCUAACCCAUCUUCGCAUUGUGGCAAACCCCGAAGCCUCCAAAAUGGCCGCAGCCAGAGUUGACAAACAGCCUGAAUUUUGAUCACAUGACCCGUGGGGAUGCUGCGACGGUCAUGAAGUGUGACGACCGUAUAGAAUUGUUCUAUAAUUUAUUGCAAACGUGCUAGUUUUCCAGACGUAACUAGAGGGCAACGCUGGGGAAGACGGAGGAUGACAACAGACUCGGCAGGAUGUAAACAGCUCAAACCCCAGCCCUAACUGAAUUAAGAAGCAAGAGUAGCUUUAUACGAGCGCAGGAGGAAAGCAAACCCAUCGGUGAAGAUGUACAACCACCAAUUAUGGUUAGUGCCUGAAAAUAACCAUAAUCUAUAAAAUGCCGGAAUAUAUAAUAAUAAUAAUAAUAAUAAUUUUAUUUCUAUACCGCCCUUCUCCCGAAGGACUCAGGGCGGUGUACAGCCUAAUUAAAAACAGAAUAAACAUCAAUUUAAAAUAAUUUAAAAAUAUUAAAUAAAUUUGGCUUAAUUUAAAACCCUAAAAAUUAAAAUACCCCAAUUUAAAAUUAUUAUAUUGACAGCCCUGCCUGGCGGAACAACAGGGUCUUGAGUGCACAGCGAAAUACCCGGAGGUCAGAAAUCUUACGAAUUUCCGGGGGCAGUUCAUUCCACAGGGAUGGGGCUCCCACAGAGAAGGCCCUCCCCCUGGGUGUCGCCAGCCGACAUGACUUGGCCGAUGGCACCCUGAGGAGACCCUCUCUGUGGGAGCGGACUGGUCGGUGGGAGGCUAUCGGUGGCAGAAGACGGUCUCGAAGAUACCCGGGUCCUAUGCCAUGGAGCGCUUUAAAGGUGGUAACCAACACCUUGAAUCGCACCCGGAAGACCACUGGGAGCCAGUGCAGCUCGCGCAGGAGGGGUGUCACGUGGGCGCAACGGGUUGCGCCCAUAACCACCCGCGCGGCCGCAUUCUGGACCAGUUGGAGCCUCCGAGUGCUCUUCAAGGGGAGCCCCAUGUAAAGAGCAUUGCAGUAGUCCAACCGGGAGGUAACAAGGGCGUGAGUGAUAUGCCUGCUUUUCAAAGUGUUUCGUUUAAAUACGACUUGCCCUGGAGGAACCUGGGUUUCGUUUCCAUCAAUAGGACACGUUUCGGCUACACUGCGAGUCGUAAUAAUGGCCUCUCGCUUUGAAAAGGUUCAUAGAGAUAAAACUCAUGCUGCUUAUUUAUUCUAUUUUAAUCCUAUUUAGCAAGUAACCGGAUGCAAAGCUUAGGAAAGGCCAUUUGGCAAGUAGCUGCCACUGUGUUUGCCUCCGGUCAUACCUCAGCUCAUUUUCACAGCUUUGCCGUUAUCAAUUAGGCCCACGUCGCACACGCUGUCGUAAAAGUGUGGAAAGAAAUACUGCUUGGUCGUCUACAGUGAGUGUAGAUUAUUAAUUCUAGUUUCAGGAUCUCCAGGAUGCCCUGCGGUUGUCCACGGUGAUCGCAAAUGUGGAUGCAAAAAGCUGGCCACGAUGUAAGAAAGUGUACGACGGCAGUGAGCAAAGGUGUUUUAAAUGAGUUUUAUGGCUCUGAAAAUAAUGUAAACACAACUGCAGCCAUUUUUUUUUUUAAUAUGUCCUGCUCUCAGGAGUGUAACUCAAGCUACGACAAGACCCCUAUGGAAAGAGAGGUAGACAGCAAUAACUUAUUGGAGUCUGAAUGAAGAGUUAAGUUCUGAAUGGUCUUAGUGUCCAAUUUACUCGUCCGUUGAUUGAAGAUGUAUUUGUAAUCCUUGUUUCCUCCGUCAAUGGAUGAAGUGGGAAUAAAUGUCCGUAGGAGGAAAUUGUACAGUGGAAACCUCGGUACUCCACUGCUUUGAAACGCAUCGAAUUUGGUACUCGACACAUUUUGAUGUGAAAAUUUUGAUCCCGGAACUCAUCGUUUGUUUGGUAGUCAAUGCACAAGCUAGAACUUGUCGGUGCUGGCUGCCUUGUGGACUCACUACAUUAUUCCUUGUGGAAAAAAAUGGUUUAGUAGCCAUUGAUUUUGGUGCUCAUCGUGCCUCCCAGAAACAAUUAAUGAUGAGUGCCGAGGUACCACUGUAUCUGACCGGGAGGGGUAAACCAAGUUUCCUUAACCAGGAUUAACAAAUUCAUUUAGGCUUCCAUAGUUUCUUUCCUCUUUCCUAUAUGGGCUUGUCACUUAUGCAGAAUCGUUGUGCAAUAAACCGAAACAAGGUUAACAAGAUAAGCACGGGGGCUAUUCAGUGAGAUGAAUAGAUUCGGUGGAUAAAAUAAAGAAAAUAAUUCAGUU